GAUUUGAUUUUUUUUCAAGGAUACAGACUUUUUUUGCCUUUAUUAGACUUUUGGAUUCAACAUACGGAGAUUUCUUAGUUUUGUGACAGACAGUGUCCAGCUUUUAAAAUCUCAAUUAAUGUUUUAACAGUUGGUGAAUGCAUCUUGUCUGUUUCAGAUGCAACACUGCUGCUUACGAUCGAGCACAAAUGUAUGAUCUAAACAGAGGAGGAUUUCUGAGCUGCUAACCAGUUCCAGCUGAUCAACAAACAAACCACUCAACGGUGUCAGUGAGGAUGUUUCAUUUCUAUAGGUCACACUGGCCUCUGCUGUUGUUUGCGGCUCUGUGGAGCCUCAGCUAUCCCAGUUUGCUCAAUGCCUGGCCGGGCAUCAGUCGCAGCAAGCCUAAGGAUCAGCUGGACCCUAAUGUGAGGGACUGGGGAGACUACUCAGACCUCCCUCCUGGGAUCGAGCAGGGGUUGGGGUUGGAAGAAGAACAUGAAGCCAACAGAGGAGUCGGAGAGUUUUCGUCGAGUUUGGCUCCAGAACUGGAUUUCCUUGCUGAUUUUGCAGGUAAAAAGCGGCUGUGGGUGAUAACAGCCUCAUCACACAGUGACCACUACCUCCGUAUGAUGGAGAAACAGCUGGAAGAAAUGGAGCAGAAAGGACUGAACUGUCGUCUAGCAGAGAGAGACACAUUUAUCAUCACCAUCAUUCAGAACGCCAUGAUGGAAGGUCGAAUCCAGAAAACAACUUUCCAAGGAGACGCUACAGUAGAGAGCCUGGACCCUGACACAGUUAGCAAACUGCUGCACUACCUGGAUCUUACCUCCCAGGAGGAAGGUUUCACCAUGCUGGUUAUGAAAAAAAACCUUCGGGUCAGUGAGCGCUUCCCUUAUCCGGUCCGUGUUGAGGCGAUUUUGGAGCUCAUUGAUCAGUUCCCCAUGAGAAAGCUGGAGAAGAUGACCAGAAAAGGAUCCAACAUGAGGUGCAAAACUGCAAAAAAGAAGAUUGUGAUGAAAAGGAAACUGACGAAAAAGAAGAUUGUUUUGAGCCCUCAGAGGCGAGGGAAUGUGACCUCUGUUGUGGCAUUACAAAGAAAACCUCCCCUGGACAAAAAAGCUGCCCUGAAGAGUAAAAUCCAGGACAUACUGAAUGGAAGGUCGAGGUUUGUUAUCCGUAAGGUGCCUGCUGUUGGGUCAACAAGGGAAAAGGACUCGAGCAGUGGUGCUCGAUCCACUUCUAACGGAAAAGAGAAAGCGCAUAGCCUUUCAUCUGUGACAGAGAGCGACAAAGAAGUGAAGAAAGUCAGGCCUGACCUCGCUGUGGAAGAAGGGAAGAAAAGGCAUGGAGGAAAGAACAGUGAAGACAAAAAAGAGCAUAAUGUUAAGGAUAACACACAGGAAAAACAGAGCUCCAAGAAAAAGGGUAAAGGGAGAAAAGGGAAGAAAGGUAAAGGAAGAGGGAAAAAGUCCAACAGGGAGGCCAGUGAGAAGGAUAAAGCAGCGCUGAAGGAGUUCUUGGACAGUUUAAAGGGAAAAAGAAGAUUAAUGUUGAUCUCAACGCCCAGCAGAGAUGCAACACUGUACACCCAGCAGAAGGACAACAUUGAGAAGCAACACUGUGACCUCGCUAUUAGGAAGAUUACCGUAGCAUCCAUUGUGGGUGAAGGACAUGACGCCACGCUCACGCUGCAACACCACCAGCUUGAGUCUGAGCCUCCACUCAGCGAGCAAUCGGAUCAUUUGUCAGAUUCUGGCCUGAUCUCUCUGCUGAGAGCAGAGCUCGGCCUGUCAUCCUCUGACCUCUUUUCCAUGACUGUCACAGACUACGACAUCAAGCCCAGUAGAGUCUUUGAGGCUCCUCCAGCAGGUCCUGCUUUGUUCGAGUACAUUGACAACUUUCCCUCAAGGCGCUCAGAAAAAGAAAAGGAAAGGAGGAGUCCUCCAUCAUGCUCCAAUGGCGAGCAAACUCCUGGAGCUCAGAAUUCACUGCUCAGGUUCAUGUCUAAAAGGAGACUGCUGCUCAUCUCUGCUCCCUCUAAGGACGACUACUCCUUCCAGCAGCAGAUCUCUGCACUCAGUGGACAGGAGUGUCACCUGGGUAUUCGCCACUUUGCCAUGUUGAAGCUGACUGGAACUGGAAACAAAGCAUCAGGAACUGUUGAACUGUUUCCCCUGAAUGGACGUAGUCAGAGUGAGGUUGAACCAUUAUCCCGCGACAUGGUCAACAAUCUGAGAGAACAGCUGAAAAUCAGUAAGGACUAUUUCAGCAUGCUGGUUGUAGGAAAGGAUAGCGAUGUCAAGGCGUGGUUCCCGUCACCCAUGUGGUCCUUGGAUAACAUCUACGACCUGGUGGACUCCAUGGAGCUGCGCCUCCAGGAGGAGAAGCUGCAGAAGAGACUGGGGAUCAGCUGCCCUGAGGACAGAGGGAGAGGAGGCAGUGAGGAGGGGCAUUAUCGUGGCUAUGAUGAAGAUGGCACGGAUGAGACGUACUUGUAUCAUCAAUCAGAGAAAUGAUGAGAAAGAAGGAGGAAGAAAAUGCAGUAAAGUGAAGAAGAGCUAAAGUACCUAAAUUCUUGAGAUGUCAAGGCACUUGCACAAAUACACAGAUAAGCAAGCUAAUAUACAAGGAACUCAAAAACUCAUCUUCAGGACUCACAGCUGCAGGACUCACAUCACUGUUACACAAUGAUAAGCUGUAUAUUUUAUGUUUGCAAGUAAUAAAUCUCAAAAGCAGAAAAUAUUGAAAUGGUUUAAUUCAAGAAAGUCUAUAUGGGAUAGAUCAGAUCUUUUGAAGUGGGAUUGUAUCAGGUACUUGUCCAUAGUGUAUUACCUGUAUUAACAGUCUGCAUGCCCCCAGUUUGGAGAAA